GUGGAUUUUUGCUUUGCUGCACGCUGUUACUUUUUGCUGGUAGAUUUUUUGAAGAAUGGCCACUCCAAGUAAAAAAAAAACAUCUCCCGAGCAGUUAAACCAUAUGGCGGAGUUUGUUACGCAAAACAAGAUUUUAGUUCAUGGAAAAACAAAACCCUCAGAGGCUUCCAACAAAACGAUGGAGAAGUUAUGGGACGAACUGACCUUAACUUUGAACUCUAUGGGUUGUGGUCCCAGUAAAACGAAAAUGCAGUGGAAAAAGACAUUUAUUGACUGGAAAAGUCAUACCAAAAAAAAGGCCAGAGAUGCCAUCCGCUGCCAAAACAGAACAGGUGGGGGCGAUGAAGUGGCAAAAAAAUUGACACCUGCUGAGGAGAAGUUAAUGGCAGCCAUAUCCUACAUAUCUGUUACAGGAACGGAGGUCAUUGAAUUGGGGCUAAAUGAUGAGGUAGUGGCAGAGGACGUUAACCCACCAGAUAUAGAUAUGGAUGUGUCAUUUACAGUUGGUGACGAUGAUUUCUUGGAACCAACUGCUGAAGGUUCCAGCCUUUCAAGGGUUAUUAAAAUACAGAAUGUGGAGCCUUCAUCUAAAAAGAAAACCAUUAAAGAUAAGUCAUCUAACUUACAAAAGGCAGCUGAAUCAUUUAUGACUGGCCAAAAGGAGACUGCUGAAAUGAUAAAUAAAUUAUUGGAUACAGCAGCUAAGGCUGAGGGUGAUCACCAGUGGAGAGAAAGGGAACAGCGGCUAAAAGAAUUCGAAUUGAAUAUACGCUUACUAGAGGCACAAAACGAAGCCAAAAAAUUGGAGUUGAUGGAGAGAGAGAUUAGAAUGAAGGAACGAGAGUUAGGUAUUGAAGAUACAGAAAUACAGAAUGGUUCUUACAAUAAUUUUACAAUGCAUAGAAUUUUUUAGUUGGUAUUAUAUUUCUGUAUUUUUUGUUUAUGUAUAAUUUUAAGGAUUAAGUUUAUUUUUUUUUGUAUACAUUUAUUAUCUUUUUUAUGUAUAAUUUUAAGGAUUUGGUCAUAGGUUAAUUCAAAUAAAAACAACUGCAUAUUUACUUUUUAACUCCCCAAUAUUUAACAUUUUACUGUUAACACGUUGACAGACAACAUCUAAUUUCCAUUAAUGUAGCUUAUACAUUUGACUCAGUGUCUGUCAACGUGUUAACUCGUCUGCAACAAUAAUAGGUUUGUUCCUACAAAGAAUCACAAACUAGUUCAUGCGAGUUUCUGACUGCUGCACAAUACGCAUGUGCAAAUUCAACCAGCCGCGAACUAGUUUGUGAUUUUUGUUGGAACAAUAUUCUACCGAGCUGGCAAGUUGUCUAAGAGCAGUGCCCAUAGAAAAGAAAGAAGAAGAAAGCAUUCAGGAAAACGAGGCAAAACCACAAAAUGAAAACUUUAACCUUACCAUUUUACCCAUAUUCCAUAUUUGAUAAUGCACGAAGAUAUCAAUGCUUUAUGAUUA